GGUUGUGUGUUUGCGUUGUUAGCGGACCGCCAUGUUUGCGCAACAAAAGAAACAGUUAUUCUCUCGUUCACAGCAGUAAAGCUGUUUAUUCCUCACUGACAGGCAUCAAACUGCAAAAUAAUGUCUAUUAAAACAGGGCUGAGAGGCUAUGAAUAAAACGGGAAUGUUACAAUGCCGCUUCCAAUCAUGAAUCGAGCGCAAACAGGGCUGCAGACCCAAAAGCAUUAUGGAAUCACGUCGCCCAUCAGCCUGGCUCCGCCGAAAGAGGCGGACCUGGCGCAGACGAAGAAGCUAAUCGAGGCGCUGAAGCCUUUCGGGGUGUUUGAGGAGGAGCUGGAGCUGCAGCGAAGAAUCCUGGUUUUGGGGAAACUGAAUGCUCUGGUCAAGGAGUGGAUCAGGGAGAUCAGUGAGUCCAAGAAUUUACCAGCAUUGUUGAUAGAUAAUGUUGGUGGUAAAAUAUUUACGUUCGGAUCCUACAGACUGGGCGUCCACACCAAAGGUGCCGAUAUCGACGCUCUGUGUGUCGCCCCUCGUCACGUGGAGAGGACCGACUUCUUCAGCUCCUUUUACGAGAAACUGAAAGAGCUAGAGGAAGUCAGAGACUUGAGGGCUGUAGAGGAGGCGUUCGUUCCUGUUAUUAAACUGUCCUUUGAUGGCAUUGAGAUCGACAUUCUGUUUGCCCGGUUGGCACUGCAGACCAUUCCAGAGAACUUGGACCUCAGAGACGAUAGUUUGCUGAAGAACCUGGAUAUCCGCUGUAUCAGGAGCUUGAAUGGUUGCAGAGUGACUGAUGAGAUUCUUCACCUGGUGCCCAACAUUGAAAACUUCAGACUUACACUGCGGGCGAUUAAACUGUGGGCCAAACGUCAUAACAUUUAUUCAAACAUCCUGGGCUUCCUGGGUGGCGUUUCGUGGGCAAUGCUGGUGGCCAGAACGUGCCAACUCUACCCCAAUGCUGCAGCUUCAACCCUUGUGCACAAAUUCUUCCUGGUCUUCUCCAAGUGGGAGUGGCCUAAUCCAGUUCUUUUGAAGCAACCUGAGGACUGCAACCUCAAACUGCCCGUCUGGGACCCGAGGGUGACCCCUAGUGACCGUUACCACCUCAUGCCCAUCAUCACACCAGCUUAUCCGCAGCAAAACUCCACGUACAACGUGUCCGUGUCCACUCGCAACGUUAUGGUGGAGGAGUUCAAACAGGGUCUUGCCAUCACAGAUGAAAUACUGCAGAGCAAAGCUGAUUGGUCCAAACUAUUUGAAGCACCAAACUUCUUUCAGAAAUACAAGCAUUAUAUUGUGUUGCUAGCAAGCGCGUCCACUGAGAAGCAGCACCUCGAGUGGGUCGGCCUCGUCGAGUCGAAGAUCAGGAUCCUGGUUGGGAACUUGGAGAAGAACGAGUUCAUCACGCUGGCCCACGUGAAUCCCCAGUCGUACCCAGGACCGAAGACAGGCGCCGAUAAGGAGGUUUUCUGCACCAUGUGGGUUAUUGGGAUCAGUUUUAAAAAGAUGGAGGGGUCGGAACAUCUGAACGUGGACCUGACGCUCGACAUCCAGUCGUUCACAGACACAGUGUACCGCCAGGCCAUCAGCAGUAAAAUGUUUGAACCUGACAGGAAAAUAACAGCCAUGCACGUGAAGAGGAAACAGCUCCACCAGCUCCUGCCAGACCUGGUCGUCCUGAAAAAGAGAAAGCAAUCGACUGAAGUCCUGCAUCUUGUUCACGAGAGCAGUCUGGACUUGUCUAUGGACAGUGAUAACAGCAUGCCCAUGCCUUCUCCUACCGCUGCCAACGCUGUGAAGAGCGCCCUCUGUACCAGUCCUCACCGCUCCGCAAGUUUCACUGCCGGCUCAGAUUCUCAGGGGAAGGUGGAAACAUACGGAGGAACCCACCACAGUGCUGCUUCUGGAGUAGAACCCAAGCCUGUGAGUGCGGGCACCACCAGCACCACCGCCACCACCGGCAGCAGCUCCUCUACCUCUCCUGCACCUAAGAGACCAGGCUCACCAAUUCAGGCUGAGAACACCAAGAAACUCAAAGUGGAGUCGGAAUCCAAAGCUGCCGUGCAGGAGGAGGCGCAGGCUGUCGUGAUGGCCGAGGUCGGAGAUUCAGCGGCUUUGGAGGGAGAGGUGAAAACGGAGGUGAAGGCAACCGAGAUGGACACAGAAGGGACGAUGUCUCCUGCUCAGGUUGCGCCUAACACCGACCUGUCGGACGUCCCGGCCCCUCCAUCCAACCCCAUUCCUGUGGUGAAAAACUCCAUUAAGCUGAGGCUGAGCAGGUAGAAGCGGGUCUGACCUGUAGGAGCUGGAGGAAAUCUCCUGUACCGACCCGGUAAAGAGAUUCUGACUCUUGUUGAGACAAGAAUCUAGGUUUUCCAGGAGCAGUGCUCGGUGGGGUCCACAAGAGGGCGACUCUGCUCUUUUAAAAAUACCAGAAGUGAUGCAGAAAUCGAUCAGGUCCUGACAACCUCACUGUCAGGCCUGGACAUGUGACUGUGUGAGCACACACACCCUGUAGAACUCCUUCGUCCCAAAUCCCUCCAACACAGAACUCUUCCUUUAAGCUCUUCUGCUCUUUGUUUUGUGUAUAAUGACGUGUCUCUUUUAGACUGUAGUUGGGUGAUUGAAAGCUGUACUUGAUUGUUUGGUGAUAAAUAAAUCGGGUUAGUCAUGAUUCAUCAAA